AUGGGUCAAAAAUAUUGCACGUUUUGUUCCUGGUGUAAUAAGGAUCUUGAGAUUGCUUCAGACCUCGAUCAUAAGCCAGUCUUCGAGUCCACACAAGAAAUAAAGUCAUCCUUUUCAAGAAUAGAAAAACUUGCAUCGGCAAAAAGUAUUACUCAAGGCCUUAAUUUUGAAUAUCUUGAUUUUAGCCAAUCUGAGCCUGAAAUUAUCAAGCUUCAGUCCCUCUGAAGAGGUCAUCAAGCAAGAAAGAUGUCUUUGCAUUUAAAAUCCCAAAGAUCCGAUAGCACUCCUCGAUUUUCUCCAAAUGAUUCAUCAGAAAACAGAAAUCUGAAAACGAUAAAUUUAAAACGUGAAAUCCGUCCUCAAUAUCAAUACAAAAGUGGUGCUUAUUAUAAUGGUGAAUGAAUAGGAAAUGAAAGAGACGGCUAUGGAAUCCAUGUAUGGCCUGAUGGAGCUAAAUAUAAAGGCUACUGGAAAAACAACAAAGCUAAUGGGAUAGGAGAAUUUACACAUGUGGACGGAGAUAUUUUCACUGGCAGUUGAGUCAGCGAAAAAGCUAACGGAAAAGGCGUAUAUCAGCAUUUAAAUGGCUCUUUGUAUGAAGGUGAAUGGCUAGAUGAUACUCAAAAUGGAUAUGGAGUCGAAGUAUCUAAAGAUUCAGGAAAAUACGAAGGAUUCUAUAAACUAGGCAAAAAGCAUGGAUUUGGGACUUUUAAAUGGAAUGAUGGCAGCACCUAUUCUGGCCAUUGGGUUGAAAAUAAAAUUGAAGGAACAGGCACUUAUAAAUGAAUCGAUGGGAGAAAGUAUGAAGGUGGAUGGGAAAAUAAUGCCAUGCAUGGAUAUGGAGUUUAUUCGUGAAAUGAUGGAAGAUCAUAUGCUGGAGAUUAUUUGAAUGAUAAGAAACAUGGAAAGGGUACUUAUACAUGAGCAGAUGGGAAAAAGUAUAUAGGGGAAUGGAAAAAUGGGAAACAAGAUGGGGAGGGCACAGUGAUUUUUCCUAAUGGCAUAACAAAUAAAGGCUUGUGGAGGGAAGGAAAAAAGGUCAAAAAUUUAGGCUAA